CCGAAAGGUUGUAGGGCAAGAGGGUGUCUCCCCCAAACGGCCCGACCCUCCUUCGGCCUCUACAUGGACUAUAAUAGGAUGAGUUCCUUUUUAGAGUACCCACUUUGUAACCGGGGACCCAGCGCCUACAGCGCCCCAACCUCUUUUCCCCCCUGCUCAGCUCCGGCCGUUGACAGCUACGCAGGGGAGAGCCGCUAUGGUGGAGGGCUGCCCAGCUCAGCGCUCCAACAAAACUCGGGGUAUCCUGUCCAGCAGCCGCCGUCAUCCCUGGGGGUGUCCUUUCCCAGCCCCGCUCCCUCAGGGUACGCCCCAGCCGCCUGCAACCCCAGCUAUGGGCCUUCUCAGUAUUAUUCUGUGGGUCAGUCGGAAGGAGAUGGAAGCUAUUUUCAUCCGUCGAGCUACGGAGCCCAGCUAGGGGGGUUGCCCGACAGCUAUGGAGCGGGUGGAGUCGGCUCAGGGCCAUAUCCUCCGCCGCAGCCCCCUUACGGAACUGAGCAGACCGCAAACUUUGCAUCAGCCUACGACCUCCUCUCUGAGGACAAGGAAUCGCCUUGCUCGUCAGAACCCAACACUCUCACUCCCCGGACCUUCGACUGGAUGAAGGUCAAGAGAAACCCACCUAAGACAGCGAAGGUGUCCGAGCUGGGACUGGGCGCUCCCGGCGGUCUCCGCACAAACUUCACCACGCGCCAGCUGACGGAGCUGGAGAAGGAAUUUCAUUUCAACAAAUACCUGAGCCGUGCCCGGAGGGUGGAGAUCGCCGCCACCCUGGAGCUCAAUGAAACGCAGGUGAAGAUCUGGUUCCAGAACCGGCGUAUGAAGCAGAAGAAACGUGAGCGAGAGGGGGGCAGGGUGCCUGCAGGCCCCCCAGGUUGCCCGAAGGAAGCGGCUGGAGAUGCCUCUGACCAGUCUGCGUGCACCUCCCCAGAAGCCUCGCCCAGUUCCAUCACUUCUUGAAUUGAACUUCCUAAGUAACUGGGCUUCCAACGCUGGACCAGCCCUCUCGUAGACUUUCCCAAACUUCACAGCCUUGGUGACCCUCCUCAAGGCCGAGGCACCAGUUUAGAGCUGCCCAGGAAACUGGGCAGGAGUUGGGAAAUGUAUUUUUUUCUCUCUCAGAUCUAGGGAGGGAUGAUUGAUGGCUGGGGAUCCUACAGGUCUUGGGACCUGGGGAACACUCAACUCAUCAGAGGUCAAAGGAAGGCCUUUUGGCUCUGAUCUAGAGUUAGCCCAUCCUUUCGGGCUUCUCCUUUCCCUUCCAACUCAGUUCAGUGCCUUUGAGCUUAGAGAGUUCUUCCUUCGCAUUCUUAGCCCAACUCUUCUUUCUAGGCCUGGGAUGUCUAGGCUGAGAGUCCUCGGGAUUUUUUUGGUGGAGGAUGCGUUUGAGUGUGAGCCCAAUCUCCACCAACCCUUAAUCUUAAUCCAGUCAACUCACUGCAGACCUUACAAUAGCAGACCUUACAAUAGCACCGACUGCCUUGUGACAU